GAAGGGUACAUUUGUACAAUUAGGCACUGGCACAUGCAGUAUAAUUAAAUAAGCAAAGAAAUACUAGCAUCAAUCUAGACAAAGCUGAACAGCACAUGAUGUUACAACUGGAUGUGCUAAAAUCAUAUUCGAAGUCAUGGUCAUUUAAUGAAGUGCCCCUUCUCUGUUUCUGAGAUCUAGCUAAGAAACCCUCCACUCUCGAGUCCAAAUUCUCCUCCCACCCAGAAUGGAUGCAAGGGCAUCAUCUUCUUCAAUGUCCAUGAUUCUUUUCAUUACAGCUAUUGUGGCUGCAGCUUAUUUUCAUUCAUCAGAAGCAGCUGUGUCAAAAGGAUCUUUUGAGGACAAUUUCAGCAUAAUGUGGUCUGAGGACCAUUUUACUACCUCUAAAGAUGGACAGAUCUGGUAUCUCUCACUAGACAAAGACACAGGAUGUGGGUUUCAAACAAAACAACGCUACAGAUUCGGGUGGUUCAGUAUGAAGCUGAAGUUGGUAGCAGGUGACUCUGCAGGUGUUGUGACAGCUUAUUAUAUGUGCUCAGAAAAUGGUGCAGGGCCGGAGAGGGAUGAGCUUGAUUUUGAGUUUUUGGGAAACAGAACUGGGGAGCCUUAUUUGAUUCAGACUAAUGUGUACAAGAAUGGGACUGGAGGGCGUGAGAUGAGGCAUAUGCUAUGGUUUGACCCCACAGAGGACUACCAUACUUAUUCCAUUCUCUGGAACAACCACCAGAUAGUGUUUUUUGUGGAUAGAGUUCCAGUGAGGGUGUUCAAGAACAAUGGGGAACCAAACAACUUCUUCCCGAAUGAGAAGCCCAUGUACUUGUUCUCCAGCAUAUGGAAUGCAGAUGAGUGGGCCACAAGAGGUGGGCUUGAGAAGACUAACUGGAAAUUAGCCCCAUUUGUGUCAUCCUACAAGGACUUCAGUGUGGAUGGUUGCCAGUGGGAAGACCCAUACCCUGCCUGUGUCUCAACCACAACCAAAAAUUGGUGGGAUCAGUAUGAUGCUUGGCACCUUUCUGAUGAUCAGAAAAAGGAUUAUGCUUGGGUUCAGAGGAACCUUGUUAUCUAUGACUACUGCCAGGAUUCUGCACGUUAUCCAACUACCCCAGAGGAGUGUUCAUUGAGUCCAUGGGAUUAAUAUGUCUAGGGGAAAAAAAAAUCCUUAUUCUUUUAAAUCUCUCUUUUUUGCCUUAUAAUUUUUUAGUUACCAUGAGAAUGAGAAUAAUGUGCAGUUUUGUAUGUCGUAAGUUUUUUAAAGUUUGGCAAUUAAUUAUAUAUUGAAACAUUUAUUUAAUUCGUUACCCA